CCGGGGCUCCGCCAGGGGACCCGCCGCGGGAGAGCGACUCGGGAACAAGUGUGCCGAGGGAGCGGCGGCGGAGCCCGGCCCCCGGGUGGUGACAGCGGGUCUGAGGUGUACCAUAAGUACAGAAGCCUGGAGUGACAAACAUGAGGCUGCUGCUAACAUGAAUCUGAGCUACACAGUGUGUUUUGUGCCCUUCACCCAAAGGUACUGAAGAUUGAUAAAAACCAAAGUGGUUGUCAAUGAGAGAGACAGCGGACAGGGAGACCAGCUGGCGAAGGACUUGCGGUCACUGGUCACCAUGCGUAAAGGGGUGCCAAAGGACCCAGAGGUCGCCGAGCUCUUCCACAGAGACGACCCCGAGGAGCUCUUCAUUGAUCUGCAUGAGAUCGGACAUGGCAGCUUCGGAGCAGUGUACUUUGCCACAAACGCUCAUACCAACGAGGUGGUGGCAGUUAAGAAAAUGUCCUAUGGUGGGAAGCAGACACAUGAGAAAUGGCAAGAUAUUCUCAAGGAAGUUAAAUUCUUACGACAGUUGAAGCAUCCUAACACCAUCGAGUACAAAGGUUGUUAUUUGAAAGAGCACACUGCUUGGUUGGUGAUGGAGUAUUGCUUAGGCUCAGCCUCUGAUCUGUUAGAAGUUCAUAAGAAACCACUUCAGGAAGUGGAGAUCGCUGCCAUUACCCAUGGUGCUUUGCAGGGGCUAGCCUACCUCCAUUUCCAUUCACUGAUUCACAGGGAUAUUAAAGCAGGAAACAUUCUCCUCACAGAGCCAGGCCAGGUGAAGCUGGCUGACUUCGGAUCUGCCUCGAUGGCUUCUCCUGCCAACUCCUUCGUGGGCACACCGUACUGGAUGGCCCCGGAAGUGAUCCUGGCCAUGGAUGAAGGACAGUACGACGGGAAAGUUGAUGUUUGGUCACUUGGGAUCACCUGUAUUGAGUUGGCGGAGCGGAAGCCCCCGCUCUUCAACAUGAACGCCAUGAGCGCUCUGUAUCACAUCGCCCAGAACGACUCCCCCACGCUGCAGUCCAGGGAGUGGUCAGACUCCUUCAGGAGGUUUGUAGAUUAUUGCUUGCAGAAAAUACCUCAGGAAAGACCAACAUCAGCAGAACUCUUACGGCACGACUUUGUUCGAAGAGAGCGGCCACCACGCGUCCUCAUUGACCUCAUCCAGAGAACGAAAGAUGCCGUCCGGGAGCUGGAUAACUUGCAGUACCGAAAGAUGAAAAAGAUCCUCUUCCAGGAGGCCCGGAAUGGACCCCUGAAUGAGUCUCAGGAAGAUGAGGAAGACAGCGAGCAUGGAAGCCACCUGAGCAAGGAGGUGGACAGCCUGGGCAGUGACCACUCGCUCCCUAGCACGUCCGUGAGCACGGGCAGCCAGGGCAGCAGUGUGAACAGCAUGCAGGAGGUGCUGGACGAGAGCGGCCCCGAGCUCCUCAUGAUGCAGGAUGAUGAAGGCAGCAUCAACUCCAGCUCCUCCGUGGUGCACAAAAAGGGUCAUGUAUUCAUAAGGGAUGAGGCGGGCCACGGCGAUCCCAGGCCUGAGCCGCGGCCUACCCAGUCAGUUCAGAGCCAGGCCCUCCACUAUCGGAACCGAGAGCGCUUUGCCACGAUCAAAUCCGCCUCUUUGGUUACACGGCAGAUCCAUGAGCAUGAGCAGGAGAACGAGUUGCGGGAACAGAUGUCAGGUUAUAAGCGGAUGCGGCGCCAGCACCAGAAGCAGCUGAUCGCCUUGGAGAACAAGCUGAAGGCCGAGAUGGACGAGCACCGCCUCAAGCUCCAGAAGGAGGUGGAGACGCACGCCAACAACUCGUCCAUCGAGCUGGAGAAGCUGGCCAAGAAGCAAGUGGCUGUCACAGAAAAGGAGGCGAAGGCAGCUGCAGCGGAUGAGAAGAAGUUCCAGCAACAGAUCUUGGCCCAGCAGAAGAAGGACUUGACAACUUUCUUAGACAGUCAGAAGAAGCAGUAUAAGAUUUGUAAGGAAAAAAUAAAAGAGGAAAUGAGUGAGGACCAUAGCACACCCAAGAAGGAGAAGCAGGAGCGGAUAUCCAAGCAUAAGGAAAACUUGCAGCACACGCAGGCCGAAGAGGAAGCUCACCUUCUCACUCAGCAGAGACUGUACUACGACAAAAACUGUCGUUGCUUCAAGCGGAAGAUAAUGACCAAGCGGCACGAGGUGGAGCAGCAGAACAUUCGGGAGGAACUCAAUAAAAAGAGGACCCAGAAGGAGAUGGAGCACGCCAUGCUGAUCCGGCACGACGAGUCCACCCGGGAGCUGGAAUACAGGCAGCUGCACACGCUACAGAAGCUACGCAUGGAUCUGAUCCGUUUACAGCACCAGACUGAACUGGAAAACCAGCUGGAGUACAAUAAGAGGCGGGAAAGGGAACUACACAGGAAGCACGUCAUGGAGCUUCGGCAGCAGCCAAAAAACUUAAAGGCCAUGGAAAUGCAAAUUAAAAAACAGUUUCAGGACACUUGCAAAGUACAGACCAAACAGUAUAAAGCACUCAAGAAUCACCAGUUGGAAGUUACUCCAAAGAAUGAGCACAAAACAAUCUUAAAGACACUGAAGGACGAGCAGACGAGGAAGCUUGCCAUUUUGGCAGAGCAGUAUGAACAGAGCAUAAAUGAGAUGAUGGCCUCGCAAGCGUUACGGCUGGACGAGGCCCAAGAAGCAGAAUGCCAGGCCCUGAGGCUCCAGCUCCAGCAGGAGAUGGAGCUGCUCAACGCCUACCAGAGCAAGAUCAAGAUGCAGACGGAGGCGCAGCACGAGCGCGAGCUGCAGAAGCUGGAGCAGAGGGUGUCUCUGCGCAGAGCACAUCUUGAGCAGAAGAUUGAAGAGGAGCUGGCUGCCCUGCAGAAGGAACGCAGCGAAAGGAUCAAGUUCCUAUUGGAAAGACAGGAGCGAGAGAUUGAGACUUUUGACAUGGAGAGCCUCAGAAUGGGAUUUGGGAAUUUGGUUACAUUAGAUUUUCCUAAGGAGGACUAUAGAUGAGAUUAAAUUUUUUUUUUUUUUUUUUGCCAUUUACAAAAAAAAAGAAAAAAAAUGAAAAAGAAAACAGAAUUUUUUUUUUCCGACCCUACAAAACCACAUUCCCCCAUUUUAACGGGCGUUGCUCUCACUCUCUCUCUCUCUCUCUCUCUCUCUUUUCCUCCUACUGACAUCGUGUCGGACUAGUGCCUGUUUAUUCUCACUCCAUCAGGGGCCCUUCCUCCCCCAGGUCAACUUCCAGUGCUGGCCAGAACCUGGCCUCCUUUCGAGUCACAGUACACAUCACGGUACAGAUGUGUUCCCAAGCGUUCCUGUGCAAACCUCAGAGCCGAUCUUAACAAAACCAACCAACCAUCAGCAACAGCAACAAGGAAACCGUGGAUGUAAAUUGCUUUAAGCAAUCACUCCUUACCACCGAUCUGUGAAAGUAACGCAAAAAAAGAAAUAAAUAUAUAUAUAUAUAUGUAUAUAUAUAUAUAUUUAUAAAAAUAUAAAUACCAAGGGGGAGAGAGACACAAAAUCCGCAGCCUUACACCUUAACCAGCUGCUGCAUAAUUUUAUUUUAUUUUAUUUUUUUGGUAUUUAUUCAUCAGGAAUUAAAAAAAAAACAAAGUUUUAUUAAAGAUUGAAAAUUUGAUACAUUUUACAGAAACUAAUUGUGAUGUACAUAUCAGUGGUGACAUAUUAUUACUUUUUUGGGGCUGGGGGGUGGGGGGGUGAAGAGAUCUUGUGAUUUUUAAGAACCUGCUGGCAAGGACUGGCCUUGUCUCCAGCUAUUCUAUUGUAUUGCGAUCGUUCUCUGCCGUUGCAGAGUGUAGAUCCGCCUGAGGAGUUCACAAAAUCCCAGUAGCACAAAUUGGGCUUUGGCAAAUCAUGUAUUUUGUGUAUAGAAGGAAUUUAAGGAGAGGUAUUACUUAUUUUCAUAUUGUAUUUUAACUGUUUCUCUGAUCAGAUUUUUUUACUUCCUCCUCCUGUUCCUCCCCCCCCCCCCCACCACCACCACCUCCCUCCUUUUCUGAUUCAGUCUUUGGAGUUCAACACCGUCGUUGGUCGGAUCAUCUGAACCUCUUUCUUUCUUCCCUGUCCCCUUCCUGAGUCCCCAUAUCUUUGGUCAUAAAUAUUGCAUUAUUCACACUUUCAAACUGUGUAUUUUCUUACAAUAAAAAAUGAUGAAAAAAAAAGGCUUGACUUCUUUUGCAUGCACUUUAAAAAAACAAAACAAAACAAAAAACGAUUAAAAAAAAAAAACAAAACCUUUUU